UCUGUCCAUGUUUUACUCAUUGAUUCUGGCUACAAUUGCAUAGCUCCAUUCUCUUUACAUCUUUCAAUAUUUUCUUUAAUAUCCAAACGUGUAUAUAUGUUUCUACAUGCUUGAUUCCAAAACCCUAGCUAAUUUAUGUACAAGUUUGUGUAUGUAUUAUGUGUAUUUGCAAUACUAAAACACUUGGAGAUUUUAGAUUUUAGAGGUAGGGUUUGAAUGUGACAUUAUGUGAAGAAGACAACCCCUCUUUUUGUAGCUCACGGAGUUUAGUUAAUGGUGUGUUGUUGAUCGGCUACGCUUAUUAUAAACUAAGUAUUUGUCAGCUAUUUUCUGUUUGUAUCUCAAACUUCCUCUAUAAUUUAACAUAUAGUUGCUUCAAUUACUCUGUAUUUUUCUUUUCAUUUUUUUGCACAGAAAUUGCUUGUAAAAUUGCAUAGCGAUGAAGUUCUGUUGUUAUUGUUGUCUCUAUUGUACUAAUGUGCUUUUGUUGACUGACGUCUGCAAUUAAUGGUGUCAUAAAUUACCAUGUGUAUUAGUUACUUAGAUUUGUCCAUCAGCUUGAUUUUACAUGAGUACCUUUAAAUGCAUUGUGGAAUGUUGUCGAACAAAUCUUUGGAUUUUCUUCGGCUUUGAUGACUAUAUCACUCUAAUUAUAACAUUGAUACAUUGAUUUGUGAUUGUCAUUUGUCAACAUCUAUGCAAUGUAGAGUAUAACACAUCUUCGAUAGAAAAUGUCCACAAGAUUAGUAAAUAGCUGCUACUUGUUUUUUUAAUAUUUUCCCUUUUGAUGCAGAUAAUGCUGUAAAAUAUAACCUGUUUAUAAAACAAAAUGUUUUCUUGAAGUGAUUCAUUGGGUUAUAAUGAUUCCUUACAUGGAGAAAUUGCUGGUUGUAACAUAUUUUUAACAAAAUGUCUUUCAAAAUUAUAAUUGUCUCUUGCCCUUGAUUUUGACAACUUAAAUUGCUAUUUUUGUCUUUUGAAAAUGACAUUAUUUAUAGAUAAAGUAGUAGUGAGUGCAAGUAGUGAUAGGAGAAGUAAAAGUGAAAUAGCUGUUGUAGUUAGGGAAUAAAUAGCAGUAGUAAAAUUAGUAAUCUCUUAAUGUUAGAAUCAAUGUAAGCAUCUGUAUCAAUUGUUGUUGAUUCUUUAACUGUCUAUAUGUUUGCUAGAGAAAUCUGAAUUCAUAAUACGCUGACUGAUCAAACGCUAAAAUCAUAACAUAAGUAAGCCUACAAUAGCAAGCAUGAUGAAAUGUUAAAAUCCUACCAUGUUAGUUUUGAAAAAAAAAAAAAAGAAAACAAAUAUUAGUAAGCAUCCCAAGUGGCGGCUAGUGUCUUCCAUUUAGUUAAUCAUGUGGGUUAUAAAUGAAAUGUUGGUUAUUGAACCAAAAGGCUAAAGUAAGAUUUUUCAAAAGGAAUCCAAUUUUGGGGAAGCUUUUAUAACAAUGUUCAGCCAUUCAGACAACUAAGUUUGGAUCGGUAUUUUACAUUCUUAUAUUGUAAACAAAUCAAAUUGUGCCAAGUCAAUUUAGGGGGAUUAGAAAACUUCUUUCAUUCACCCAACUACAAUACAAAAGAAGAAAUGGAUUAGGGAUGAAAGGCUGUCAACAAUGAAAGAUCAACAGGGUGAGAAAUUCAAAAUCUUUUCCGUUCCUUGUUUGCCUCUUCAAGUCCAAGACCUUUGAAGAAAAACCUUCAGUCUAUUCAGCAGCUACUGCCUUGAAAAAACAAUGGAUCUCUGCAGUGGGACACUGGGACAUCUCUUGAGAAGUGAAGUUUGCGGCUUUUCAGCUGUGUUUUAGGGGGCUGGGUGCCUUAAGGCAGUAAUGCUCGAUUGUUUCAAUAGGUUAUUUUACCACAAGCAUUGGGAUUUGCCUGGCAAAGAGAUACUUUAACUAUCAAAGUUUUUUCCGCUUGGAAAUUCUGUUCAAAGAAGUCAACCCAAACCAACAUCAAGCUCCCUAAAAUCUCAGCUUCAUAGACCAUUGACAGUUCCCCACAAUCAUUAUUUUCCAUGCAAGAUUAUAUCCCAAGUAAUCAAUAGCUGCAUGAAGGUCUUAAUUGUCCCAUGAAAGCAAAUCCAAGACAAUAUUUUGGUCAUAUUUGAAAUUUUUCACAUGUCAAGGCUUAAGAAAAAUGGAAAUCAAGCAGCGAUGUCCACCGAUGCUAUGAAGUUAAUGCUUCCUUUGCUCUCCAAUUUUCCAUGCAGUAUGGUUAUGUGUUGCACAUGAACUAAAUUAAAUUUUGAUGGAGUGUGUGGUUCAGGGAAUUAUAGAGACACAGCAUGUUGAGGCCCUCGAGAUUCUUCUUCAAGGUCUUUGUGGUGUUCAUAGAGAACGUUUAAGAAUCCAUGAAUUAUGCCUAAAAAGCGGCCCAAGCCUUGGGGUUGUAGCUUCGGAGGUUCGUCUCUUAUGCGAUCUUGAACAGCCUGAACCCACUUGGACUGUUCGACAUGUUGGGGGCGCAAUGAGAGGUGCUGGUGCUGAACAAAUUUCAGUUUUGGUGAGGAGUGUGAUCGAAAGCAAAGUAAGCAAGAAUGUGCUCCGCUUGUUUUACGCUCUCGGGUACAAGUUAGACCAUGAGGUGCUGAGAGUGGGAUUUGCAUUCCAAUUCCAUAGGGGUGCUCAGAUAACUGUCACUGUCUCUUCAGUUAAUAAGAUGCUAAAACUCCAUGCAACUGAUGAAGCUGUGCCUGUGACGCCGGGCAUACAGCUGGUUGAAGUGACAGCCCCGGCAUCAUCUGAAAACUACACUGAAGUUGUCGCUUCCAUGUCGUCUUUCUGUGAAUAUCUUGCACCGCUUCUCCAUUUAUCAAAACCGGGGAAUUCAACCGGGGUUGUCCCAACAGCUGCUGCUGCCGCUGCAUCUCUCAUGUCAGAUGGUGGAGGUACGACCUUAUAACGGGGUUGUAAAAUGCUAGCUUUUACUGAAUUAGAGGCGAGAUUAUGUUUUUGACUGCUUGAAGCCUCCACAAAAGUGGUGCAAUUUUGGAGACAAUAUGAAUGACUUUUUCAUUCCCUAUAAUGUGAAAGUUUCAUUUGAAGGUUUA